AUCAUCAUUAACAUGACAAUUCAGCUGCCUGUAACCUCCAUUGUGUUCAUUACUUUGAUCAUUCCAUAAUCAAAACUUAUUUUGUUUUAGCCAUCAAUAAGGGAAACCUUUGCUGUGCUUUCAGAAUCCCAAUUGUUUUUUUCACAGAUUUACUUUUCCCUCCUGCACUUGAUAAUCACCGCUCAAUCACCUUCCAUUGAAACAUCGUUAUUCUUGAACCAUCAUCCACCAGAAAAACGGAUUAAAGGCCAAUAUUUACAUGAUAUGUUGAGUGAUUUUUUGUUACCAGGUCCAACCUCUGAGACGUACAAUUAUGAAUGAAAUGUUUAGCUUCUUUAACUCCAAAAGAUGAAUCCAAGCAAUCCAGUAGUAAAUCAAUCAUCAGUGAACCCAAUCAAUACCGAUUUUAAUGGUAAUAAAACUCCAAUAGAUUCAACUCCGACAGUCAAUAAAUUAAAUGCAUCAACUUCAAACCUUGCCUUCUCCCAAACUGUAACUUCAACAACAUCAGAGGUAACAGUUUCCUCUUCCUCUUCCAGUUCUGAUACUGUUUCCAAAUUCACAUCAUCUCAAGGUUCUUCUCCUGCACUUUUAUCUGAAAUACCAGAUGCAAAUAGUGACAACAACAAUGGCAGCUUCUCGAUGUUUGGCUAUUCUUCAUUUCCAUCCAAGACUUAUUUAGCCUCUUACCAAUGGUUAACUUCACCUUUUACUGCUUGGCUUCUAUCGGCAACCGGAUUUGUGAUACUUGCUCUUAUUUUUACUUUAAUCUAUCAGCGGAUUCGCAAACGCAACCGUAAAUUACGUGAAUUACGCCAUUUAACACCUGAAACAUCCUUAUCAUCAUUCCCUGGUUCUCGGUCAAAUUUCGCUCUGGGUAUUAAACCUUCCCAUUCAAUUGAGUUUGUGGUUCCAACGAUAACUGUCCCAGGAACUUUAUUAUGCUCUUCCUUUGAUGACUCCUUUACUGACUCAGAUUGUAUUCCUUUUACUUCUGGCUCAGAUCGUGAAUACCUGUCAACUCCGGCUCGAACCCGACAACGUCAUCUAACUGGACACAAUUACAGUCUCUCUCCAUUUGAUAUCAACCCUCCUCUGUACGGUUCAAGAGGAGGUCUAAUGGGUUUAAGUGACGUACAGCUACCAACAAGCGAAAAAUGGAUUGGCCGAGUUAUAUUUGUAUUGCAUUAUAAUUUGAAUCGACAGCGGUUAUUGGUAACUCUACUAUCGGCAAGUGAUUUGCCAAAAAGUGAAAAACGUUCAUCUCUUAAUCCAUCAGCAAAAUUAACAUUGUUACCCUUCAAUGAUCCUAAAUUUGUAACCAAGGUUCAUAAAAACACUUGUAAUCCAGUUUUUAAUGAACUCUUUGUUUUCCCUGCAAGAAAAGAUAAUCUGGAUGAAAUACAAUUGAAAAUUGCUAUUGUUGAUAAUGAUCGUUUCUCAAGGAAAUACUUUGUUGGUCAAUGUGUCUACAGUAUAACUCAAUCAGGGAUACAGAAUGGAAUUACGAGUGACGUUAUUACCGAUGAAAUACUAUGUACUUUGUCAACAGAAAAAACUGCAGCAUCUCCUGGUGAAUUACAAGUGUCUUUGUGUUACCGAGCAUCUGAAGCAACCUUGACAUUGACUAUAAUGAAAGCUCGAGGUUUGGCUGUGAAAGAUGUAACAUCAGUUUACCCAAAGGUUUCGCUGUUUUUAGGCAAAAAAAGGAUUGGAAGCAAGAAGAGUCCCGUCAGGAAAGCUUACUCUGCCAUUGAUUUCAAUGACAGUUUCCAUGUUCACAUUAAAGACACGGCGAUAGACAAUGUUAACAUCGUUAUUAGUUUAAUUGGUCGCACUUCCAUUGGAUUAAACACUCGGCAUAAUUUUGGUAAAAUAUAUCUAGGCGAUUGUAAUUCACCUAAUGGAGCAGUUCAUUGGGCUGAGAUGAUCAAAUCAAGUCCUAAUCCCAUCAUUAAAUGGCAUCCACUCAACAGGAAUAUUUAGACUCUAGAUUCUAGAGUCCAUUGUAAAACAAUCAAAACUCAAUUUAAAAUGAAAAUCAAUUGAAGGCUUAAAAUUUGCUGGCAUAGUGUUGAAAAUCAACACAACUCUAAAAAAUCAAGAGUAAAUUUAAUAAUGAAAUGAUGUAAAAUUAAAAUAAACAUCAAUUGAUAUCUAAUUAGCAAAUACAACUUUUUACUCUUUUGAAAUAAAAAAUACAGCUACACAAUUAAAACACAA